AUGUGUGACGAUUUGGACGACAGUUUGAGCAAACUCACCCAAUUUGUUAAACGUUGGUGGGAAGAUGACUAUUAUAAGGAAUCGCAGUCGAGUACUUCGGAACGAUGGAACGGGCGAGGGCCGGAACACAAUAUGGCUCUUCAGCAAAUACUAAAACUACAAGAGGCGAGAGCUCUUCACAAAACCUCUCUGCUUCCUAUCUAUAAGAAAAAUGGAAUGCCUUCGCCUCCACCCAGUGAAGAUUAUGAACGUAUUAGAGACAAGAAUAUGGAGGACGCACGAGCAUUUGAACAGCUUAAGUUAGAAGAGGAGUUCAGAAAGCUCAUCGAGAGAAGUGGAAAAGAAGCACGUAACGAAGAAUCAAUGAAAUACUUUCAGCACAUGUUGGAAAUGAAACAAAAUUUGGACUAUUUAAACAGUAUACACAAGGAGAAUAGAAGUAAUUCUAUAGAUAGUGCACCGAAUGUGAAGAAAGAAGCAUUGUCACCUGUUAACCGUUAUACCCCAGAACAUAACCAAUCUCCACAUAUGACGUCACCUACAGUGUCACCCAACCCCACCAUACGACAGCCAACGUAUCAAUCUACCUCAUCAAGCCCGGCAUCUACUACAAGUCCUGUUACUUCCUCCCCAUUAAACCAUUUGCAGAAUAUGCAACCGUUCGAUUUUCGUAAAUAUAAACACGAGGAAGCCAUUAGUUCAAAUCACAACGAACGAUCCCAUAACAAAGAAAGCAAUCGAAAUCAUAAUCAAGAUGUAAUACCCGAAAAAAGUGCGGUGGACUUAAUGCGAAGCCAAUUCUUCAACUUCCAAUUGCCUCCAAAUUUACCUAUUCCUAAUAUGUCAAUGCCAUCGACAUUCUCCCACCCGGCAGCUAUGGUGGCUGCUCUUAGUCAAAACCCAAUGGGAUUAGCUUCCUUACAGGCUCUCUUACCACAAAUGUCAGCAAAGCCUGCAGAGCGAAUAGAAAGCAAGUCCAGUAUUAGUGUAACCAAAGAUAGGUCUGAUGACGAUAAUGUACUCAACUUAAGUAAAGACGCCUACACAGAAGCAGCACAACAAACGAGGGAUAUGAUGAUUGGAAAGUGUUUGAGCUCACCGAAACGACAAUGGAAUACUUCGCAAAUGCCUUUAAAUUUGGGCACUCAUUUUAUAAACCCAACUACUGGCAAGAAAAGGGUGCAGUGUAAUGUUUGUUUGAAGACGUUUUGCGAUAAAGGUGCUCUUAAAAUACAUUUUUCUGCUGUCCACCUCAGGGAAAUGCACAAAUGCACAGUUGAAGGAUGCAGCAUGAUGUUUAGUUCAAGAAGAUCUAGAAAUAGGCACAGUGCUAACCCAAAUCCAAAGUUACACUCGCCGCAUUUAAGAAGGAAAAUUUCACCUCACGAUGGAAGGAGUGCUCAGUCCCAUCCUGUUUUAAUAUCACCACAUGCAGCGGGGCUAAAUAUACCACCUGUAAUGAAUCCCAUGCAUGCCUUUGGUUCUUAUCCUCUAUUAAAUUCAUCACAUAAUAUGCGACAGUUCCCAACUAAUAUGCCAAUGGAAUAUAAAAAUAAUUUGGGAAUGAAUUUUCCAUCUGCAAUGGAACAUACACAUAUUUCUCGUCGAGAAUCCAGUUCAGUAGAAACAAAAGACCAUGAUGGUCAAGGAGAGUCUGACGAAGAUGAUGGAAUUGUGGUAGUCACAGGUGAUGAUGACGAUGACGAAAAUGAUCAACAUAUGGAUCAAUCGGAAUACUAUUCCCGUAUAAAUAAAACUAAUGGAUCAAUUGAAGAUUCAGAAACAGAAUACGAUCACAGAAGCACUAGUGACAAUAACGAAAGUUUUGAGUCUAAAAAAGAUGAAAAUAUCAGCCCAGAGAUAAUGAAGCGAAAACGAAAGAAUUUGAACCCUACACGUUUACAUAACAAUUAUAUAACAGAUGAACCGGUUAGUGAAAACCACCAUGAUGGUGAACAUAACGAUGAAAAUGAAGCUCUUAAUUUAAAGAAAGCUAAAUACGAUGACUCAGAAACUCCUAAAAGAGAGACGCACGAUGAUGUUAAAAAUCAAGAAGACAAUAAACCAGCCUCACCAAAACCAACAAAAAUUAAAGUAGAGCCUGCAGAUAAUACUUAUCCCGUUGAAGAUUUACGCAUAAAAGAGGAACCCGUCGAUAGACAAGAAGUACAUAAACCCAAUGAAACCUUCUCUCCUAGUCAGUUUUCUUCUGAAAACUCUUUAAAGAAAUUAGAAAGCUUAUCAAAAGGCAACUUUCCAAAUAUCCCAAAGAAGACUGAUGUCAGUGCUCCAGCUGCUUCGUAUAAUAUGUGCGUAAAUGAAUUCACCGACUACUCAGACAGGUCGCCUUCAUCAUCCGUUUCUAGUUAUGAUUAUAACUCAGAAGAUAUCCAGGGUCAAAUAUAUGGGCACUUCGAUGAUGGUUUCUUCAUCACAACCACUGAUAUUCCUAUCGAUACAAAAAAUCCGUUAAAAUGCAAGGUGUGUGAUAAACUAUUUCAAAACAUUUUCAUCAUCAAGACUCAUUACCAAAACGCACACUUAAAAGUCAUGUACAAAUGCAACAAUGAUAGAUGCAGAGCAUCAUUUUCAACGCGCCGUAGUAGAGAUCGGCACAGCGCAAACAUAACCUUGCACAAGAAAAUAUUAGCUGAAGAUUCGAGACCAGAAGACGAAUAUAGAAUAAUAGAAAAGACACGAGAACAAAUUGAUCUAAUGUCGAAAUACAGCGACGACGAGCGUCCCGUGCCCUACAUAGAGUCUACGAAAUACUAUCGGGCGAAAGACAUAGCUAAACCUAAAAACCCCUUAUCCCACCUGCCGAUGACCGCGUCCUAUCCGCCUCUAUUACCCGAGGCCUAUUUAAAUAGUCGUGACAUGUUCAGUCAGCAUCCGUUUCUGUUCACACCAUUUGGCAUGCUCCCAAAUUUCGCUCCUCUCCCAUUCGGCUUCUUGCCUCCAAAUCUUAAUGCGUUCGGGUGUCAGAAUCAAAAUUAUUCGCCGCCGCCGUUGCCAAAACUGAAUUACUGCGUCGAGGACGAAGCGCCGCGACCGAAUAGAGAUGGUUGCUAUCCAUGUCGGGGUUGCAGGGAGAGUUUCAAGGACUUGUCGGGCUUGAAAGCGCAUUGUGAAGCGGUGCAUGCGCAAUUGUUGCAUCGCUGUUCCAUCAACGGUUGCAACGCGGCGUUCUUUUCGAGGACUAAGAGGAAUACUCAUACGGAAUCUCAUUACACAAGAACUGAUAAGAUGAUGACGUGACCGUUUAUGU